UAUACAAAAAAAGUAUUCAAAAAUAGAUCUGUAACUCCAAUUCCAAACUUGGAUUCCACAAACUCUACAGCAAGUACAAAAAUGAUGCAAAUGGAACCGAUCUUUGGGUGUGGAUUUGAGGUUUUCGGCCGAGUUCAGGGUGUACGCAUGCGCAAACAAACUUGUGAACUUGCCAAUAUGAAUGGAGUGCGCGGCUGGGUGAUGAACACGGACAAUGGCACUGUCAUUGGCCAGCUGGAGGGUACGUUGCCGAAAGUAAACGAGUUGAAGUUUUGGCUUCUCAAUUUUGGGAGUCCCCGGGCCAUUAUAGAACGUGCAGUGUUCACACCAACGAAGGAGAUAACCGCGCAUACCUACAAAGGAUUUACCAUACGCUACCAUGAUGACAGAAAUUCAACGAAUCGUCCCUAGAGUUGCAGAAUGUGUUUGUUCUUGUUGGGUUGUGGAUUCACAAGUUGCAAAAUUCCAUCCCUUUCAAUAUAUAUAUAUAUACAUAUAUACCAAUUUAAAAGCCUAUAUAGUACAACAAAUAUAGGGAGAUUUUGAGUGCGUUCCA